AUGGCUCUCACAUAUACUCUCAAAUUUUGGUACAUCAAAUCAACUGCACCAUUCCAGCACCACAUCCACGCAUCACAGACGUUCCCUGGCGGCGCAUCAGGACCGAGCACCACCCUGGCCAGUGGAAGGUUGCCGACCGUGUACAGUGUGAAAGGACAGCCCGCAUAUGGCCCGCAAUCGCAAUACAACAGACACCCUACACAACUUGACGCAGUUUCGCUAGAACAAACGCGACGUUCAAGCAAGGUCAGUAGGACAACGGCAGGUUCAUCAGCUUCGAAUGCCUUGCUGAAGCAGGCAAUAGCGAAUCGUCUGAAGCCACAACUUGGUGAAAGAAGCCAGGCACAAAGUAAAACAUCUGCUUACGAAGGGGAGCGCUAUGGAUAUUCAGUCCAUGAAAUGAUUGGCGAAAAUAGCGCAGAUGAGGAGAAGACGAACGAGAAGAGGAACUUGAUGACACCGAAUGGAACGAAGCUACCUAAUCCUGCUUUGCUUCCUAGCGAAAGCCUAAUACCGAGCUCUAAAAAAGGUACAUCAUCUUCUUCUUUAGAUGAAGCUGUCGAGCAAUCACCUGAGAAGCUUGGAAGUAACGGAAAUUUGCCUGGUUUAUCCGAUAAAGCUCUGGCGAGUAGCUCACGAAAAGAUAUGCAUCAAAGAGAAUUAGCAGUGACAGGCCAUAAUGCUGUUUCUGGUCAAGCGCAGCACCAUGAAUAUAGCACUGAGAGAGCUAUCCACAGCGGAAGCAUCUCGUCCUCAAGCGAUUAUCAAACGUCCUUCGGAGGAGAAGAGGCGGCUGAUGUCACAACUCCCGAGGACAACGUUAGCUCAUCCAGGAGGAAUUCUUCCAUCGUUUCGUCGAUCGACUCACCGCAUGCCUCUUCUCACAAAAGUGUUACCUUCGAUGAUCGAGUUCAGUUACAUGAGAUAGAGCGAAAUGAAGCUAUAGACAGUGAUGAAGAUGAGGAAGAGCCAACAGAGCAACUCACAUUCAACAGCUAUGCGAGAAGGCAAUUUGAACAGCUGUCGCAGUCUCAGUUUGCACUGGAACAAGAGGAUCUAAGCGAGGGGUCAGACUUUAACGAGGCUAAUGUAGAUCAGCGUUUUGCCAAUUAUCGAGCCUCUCCUGUUUUUAUGAUGCGCUCAGGCACUCCAUCUUCAUCAGAAGGAAGCUACCAAGGCUCCUUAGUUGAACUUACGAUGCCAAACCAAAGUGAGGAGGAUUUGGAUAGCCCGCGUUUUGAAAACACAAACACUGUGGUUCAUGGAGGAGUAGACGCUUCUGUUCAAGUGUCAUACAAUAAUAGUCCACUAUUACUGUCGAGGAAUGCAGACGCAUCUACAAGCACCGAACGUCUGCGUGAUACUCCCGAGAGUUGGAGACGAGGAUUCCGGGGUUAUCACGGAAGCAACCAGUACGACUUAGAGCAGGCCAAGUACGAGCAUCGCAGUUCCUUUGAGUACGGCCAGUUGGAAACACCCCCGCUAAGAGGGGCUCACCGUGCGCCUCUCGAGCGCGAUGGCAUUGAUUUGACACAAGUGAGAAGGGAACUUGUGUACGUGGGUAAUGACGCUCCAUCACAUGCUGGUUCACGAUCGCCAGCUGAAGAGAGAGGAGCAGUUCGGACACUUACCGAGGAGGAGAUACGCGCAAAAUUUUUGGCUAACUUUGCGAAACGACGGCAUGAUUCAACGGAAGAAGAUCCCUGUGAUCCCGUACAUACCAUGGGCUCGCGUGAUUCCAUGGUAUCCUCCGGUUCCAGAGAAUCAGUAGUUUCGUCUGUGUCUAUCGGCAAGGAAGCCUUUACACAUAGAAAUUUUUUGUAUUGA